GUUCCAAGGGUACGCAUGUAUAGGCGCUUCCCCGUACCGCACUUUCUCGGGUUUCUCAGAACAAAAGCUCUUUGCAAAAAAGUGCACCAGUUCCGCGGUCGCCGCCGUGUUUCCGGCCUUCUCCAGGAUUUUUUUAUCACCCUUGUUGGGCGCAAAGAUGCCGGUCUCAAAGCGAAGCAAGGUGGUUUCUUUGACGAAAGUGAAGAAGCAGAAGUGCGGGGGACGGGGCAGGGAGGUAAAGGAGCAGUGGAUGGACACCAUCAGAAGCGUCUGUGAAGAGGAGAACCAGCAUGUUUACCUUGUCGAGUUCGUGAACCAGAGAAAUUCUCUGCUGAAGCUCGUCCGGGAUCUCAUAAAGCCAGGCAGAGUUUUUUAUGGCAAAAACAAGGUCAUCCAGCGGGCGCUUGGCACCACUUCCACAUCCGAGUGCCUCCCGAAUAUUCACAAGCUCUCCAAGAAGUUGACAGGACACCGGGCUCUGCUGGUGUGCGAGCACUCGUCCGAAAAGUUGCAGACGCUGCUGAGCAAGGUUCAGGCGAAAGAAUUUGCGAGGGCUGGAUUUGUCGCCACCGAGAGUAUACAGCUGAAGGAAGGGUUCGACGCCCUUGCGCAAUUUCCUCACUCGCUAGAGCAGCGCUUUCGGUCUCUGGGUCUUCCCACGCUUCUCAAGGACGGUAAAAUUCUUCUUAUGGGUGACUACACCGUCUGCACAAAAGGAGAGCCUGUGACUCCCGAACAGGCGCAAGUCCUCAAACACCUGGGCGUCAAGAUGGCUGAGUUUCACAUCAAGCUUCUCGCCGAAUGGCACAAGGGGCGCUACCGCACAGUGGACGACACCAUCUGAAAUAUAUUUCUUCCUCUUGUUAACAAAAUAUGACUUGCUUCCAUCUUCUCUGGUUGUCUGAAACUUCUUAUCGUUUUUCUGGCUCAAACGGUCUUGUCGCCACAAAUCGUAUUCGUUUU